AUGCACUACAACAACAAGAAGAUCCUGACGGCAAGGGUCGAAAAAGUGCAGCUCGUCGACAGAUGGGGUGGCGAGCAGAACAUUGUCGGCACGAUACACGCAACUUCAAGCCACGUCAUCUUCAAGGCCGAGACAGGAACCAGGGAAAUUUGGUUGGCGAAUGGCUUGAUCGGUGCCGUGGAACGGGGUGCACUUUCUGCGGCUGGCUGCCCACUAGUGAUUCGGUGUAAGCAUUUCAUGCAGAUCCACUUGUUGAUCAACCGGGACAAGGCCUGCCAAGAACUCUACGAGACACUUUUGAAAGUCUGCAAACCAACUAACAUCGAGAACGUGUUCGCGUUUGAAAACCGUGGCUUGAGCGAAGACGUACGUGGCUGGAAUCGUUUGGAUUGGGCUUCGGAAUUUUCAAGGCAGGGCGUCUCCUCCAGCUGGACACAGACCGACAUAAAUAAGGGCUACAAGUCGUGUGAUACAUACCCUGAGAGGCUCUGGGUCCCUACCGCUGCUCGAACACCCGUGCUAGAGGGGGCGAUCAGCUUCAGGAGUCGAGGCCGCCUGCCAGCACUCACUUAUUUUUACAAGAAAAAUGGCGCCGCUUUGUCUAGGUGUGCACAACCGAAUUCCGGCUUCCGGGCCCGCUGCAUGGAGGACGAGACGCUGAUGUCGCUGAUAGGAAAGGCAAACCCACAACACGACAUUGUCUACCUAAUCGACACCCGGCCAAUGGUGAAUGCGAUGGUGAACAAGGUACAGGGCAAAGGCUACGAGGACGAGCGCAACUAUUCCAACAUCAAGCACCAAUUCUUCGACGUCGAGAACAUACACGUAAUGCGGACAUCACAGCAGAAAUUGGUUGAUGCAUGCGGUAAAUGCCGAAACGUCAACGAAUACCUGAAAGCCGUCGAAUCAUCCGGGUGGUUGAAGCACGUCAGCAUUGCCGAGCUUCUCGUCGACCCAUUCUACCGGACAAUCCACGGAUUUGAGGUCUUGAUCGAGAAGGACUGGCUGGGCUUUGGUCAUAAAUUUGACGACCGGUGCGCCCAUGUCGGUGCCAACAAUGAUGAAGCGCCAAAAGAGGUAUCUCCCGUCUUUUCUCAGUGGCUGGACUGCGUGUGGCAGAUUUGGAAGAUGCGCCCGAGGGCUUUUGAGUUUAACGAGAGGUUUUUGAUUGAGCUUCACGAACACGCCUACUCCUGUCAAUUUGGGACGUUCCUGGGAAACUGUGAUUGCGAUCGUAAGAGCCUCUCACUUUCGACAAGGACGAAGUCUCUCUGGACAUAUCUCGAUUCCCGGCAGGACGACUUCUUGAACCCGUUUUAUGAUGCGACGCUCUACGACAAUCUGAUCGACAUCGACACGCGUGCCGCCUCGUUUUCAGUAUGGCAGGGGCUGUACAAUCGAUUCGACGACGGUAUCUUGCCGCGCGAGGACAUUCAAAGCUCAACAAUGUCUUCCAUGGAGCACGUCGGAAUCUUGGAGGCGCAUGUGGCGCAGUUGAGAAAUCUGGCCGAGCUGAAGCAGCAACUCGGCAAGGGCGCCGCUAUCGGGAUGGUGGACAGUGGCCAUGGGUCGAGUAGCGGAAAUGAGGGCGCGGAUGGCGCGCAAAGUCCGCUCAGCUACUCCCUGUGCGGCUUUGGCGAGGAGAGCGGCUACUGCGAGGGCCUGCUGCAACCAGUCGCACUCCGAUGGACCUCGGAGCGUGAUGCUUCUGCCUGUGCUUCCCCGAAUUGCGGCUUCGAAUUCAACUCGCGCGGGGAGCGGCGCAUGCAUUGUUAUCGUUGUGGAAAGAUAUUUUGUCGACGCUGCGUCCGUGUCACCAGCGACGAGCAAGAGCGCGUCUGUAUUACCUGCACGUCCGCCCAGAGCGGUAUCCAACAUACA